CCAGGAGAGACCAAGUAGUAGUUACAGUAAGACAAACAAGGUAGGGUACCCACCAACUCUACACAACAUCUUCUCUAAGCAAUCAUGUAAGACUUAUCUUUGCUUCCUGCAUCUCAUCUCCAUUAAUUCAUCCUUUGCUUCAUACGCUUUGCUUCAAAAUCCUGCACCUUGUUGAAGCUUAUAAGAGUCGAUCUCUGCGUAAUAUUUAUAUAUAUAUAGCAAGUUCGGUACUUGAUGUUGACUAAGCGAAAACAUAGCCUGAGUUCUCAUCUCCAGCCAUCAACUCGCCCCUCGUUUGAUGAUUCAUGGGAAGAAAAAGCAUUUGCAGAAGAUGCAGGCGGGCCUUUAGGUGGCUGUAUAUGGCCCCCAAGAUCUUAUUCUUGCAGCUUUUGUAGAAGAGAAUUCAGGUCUGCUCAAGCUUUAGGGGGUCAUAUGAAUGUCCAUAGAAGGGAUAGAGCUAGAUUAAAACAGUUUCCAGAUCCUCCCAAUGAUGUUCCUCAUCACGAGCAUCAAAAUCUCUUUCAAAAUCAUUAUUCCUCUUUGGGUUUUCAAUACCCAUCUCAGAUUUGUACCUUGGUUUACAACUCAAACCCUAAUACUGAUCCUGGUUUUGUUGCAUCGCAAUCUUCACCUACGCAAGUGACUUGCGAUGAAAAGAACUUUUUUCCUCCUCUUUCCUCCUCCAUUCUUAAAGAAAAACACGACAAGAAGUGCCCUAGAUCUUCACCUCCCUCAUCGCCAAACUUCCCUGAGGAUAGAUGUUACAGCUUAUCAGAUCCCUGGAAAGAAGUAGAGAAGAAUUCGAGAAUUCAAGAAUCAGGAUGUAGAGCUAAGGUAGAUUAUGUCAAAACUGAUCACUCUGUGAGCUUGAAUUUGGUUGUUCGACGAACUUGCCCAACUACAUCAUCAGAUGGUGAUGAGGAGGAAGCUACAGUCGGCAAAAGGAGGAGAACCACUGCACCAUUAUUACCUUUCUUGGUUGAUAGACAUCAUGCCCAGUCAGAGGUAAUUGAAAUUAGCACUUGCUCUAUAGAGGAAUUGGAUCUUGAACUCAGGCUUGGUGACCGGCCUAAGGUAAGUUAGUUGCAAAUUCCAAGUGCCAUGGACAUACAUAUAUAUUUACUAGUCUCUUCUUUAUAUUGC